UUUUUUAAUGAUUUUUUGGUCCGUGAGUUCAAAUGACAUUUAUUGGUCCUGGAAAACAAGCUUACCCUGGCAGUCUAUGUGUUAACAAUUUCACCAAACUCUGCAAUCAAUUUAUUAGAUAAAUUAAUUGGGUCAUUUAGUUACGUUGCAGUUUUAUAAUUCUUUGAUGUUUUCUGACUAUAAAAAAAACUAUUGAAUUUUUAAUGAAAUGAUUUAAAAGUUUAAUUAUAAUUUCGUUAUUUAAAUAGAAAUUUUCAAAUGUUCAAAAGAAAUUUAUUCUGCUUUCAUCAGUGAAUGGUAAAUUCAUUAAAAAAUUUCUCUUUGUGCUCAUUGCAAUUUUUUAUGCUUUUGAUGUUUUUUAAUUAAUUCUUUUUUUUUUUUACUUUUUUUGCUGCCCUCUCAUUCUUUAAUUAAAAAGUUUGCAGAUUAAUAGAUUUUCUACUCAUGCGAGAAUUUAAACAUUUUAAGAUGAAAAUUCGUUUUAUUCUCUCUCAUUUCUUUAAAAAAUAUAAAUUAUAGACUUUAAAAUUAUUACACACCUACUGACUAAUUUCCUAACAAUUACAGGUACCUACCUAGAUUUAAUAUAUGUAGGAUAGGCUUAUAUGUAGUUAGAUGUUUUUGCCUAUAUCUCCUGAGGAAAUGUGCCCACAUAUCAUUCUAUUUUAUCACCUUAACUAUUCAAAACUUUUUACCCCCUGACCAGAUACGGAAAGUUUUUGUUUUGGGUCUCUUGGGGUGGUGUCCCCAAUCGAUAAAUGGCUUCACAUCCACCACAAAAGGCAGGAGCUGUGAGGGGGGGGGGGGUGGGAUUGGUCCGAGUAUCCUCAGGAGAUGUGAAAAAAGGGGGACAUGAGAUUCGCCGUGGGAAAGUGAAAUGGCUGUCCGGGGGCAUUAUUGAAUAUUAAGUGAUAGAGAUCAGGAGUCUGUUGCCGGAGAAUGGCCUCUAAACUCCAAUCACGUUUUAUCUCCAUGGACUUGGCACUGUAAUUAAAAUCAUCGAUGAUUUACAGUGUAUUAAAUCCCAUUCGCGUUGUCAUGGGAACGCACCCAAAUCACCAUCCAGGAGCGCAUCUGUUCGCGCGUCUGAAUUGCUCACGGAGUCCUUUGUCCUCACACACAGCUCUCGUUCUCCGGGUUUUUUUUUUUCACCUUCCACCCUCCUGCUUUUCGGUGGCAGAGGCUGCUGCUCUCGUGGCAGGUCAGAUGAGGGAGCGAUUUUCAUUGAUUUGUCCCUCCGGGGAUUUUAUGGGUUUUCCUUCUUUUUUUUGCUACUCCUCCCUCUUUCCGGGGAUACCUACAUCCGGUUGGGCCCUUCUUAGCGGAAAGAAAAAUUUCCUUUAGGUCAGAGAAGAUUUGGGAAGCUUCAUAGGAUGGGGUUUUUUUUGUUAGCGCUAAUUUUUUUUUUGCACAAUGAAAACCCAUCGAAUUUAUCAUGACGGUGUGGAGGAAAUUUAGUGUGAGAGCGAGACAAAGGGUGAGAUUUUUCUGUGGUAGAGAGAUCCGGAGUCAGACGGAGGGGUCCUUGCUAUGUAUGUUAUGUAUGAUAUGUACAUAAUUCCUAUGUACAAAAGCACAAAAGCAGACGCGGAUUUGGGGUGUGUGGAAAAUACAACGAAAAAGAGACGCAAACGCCUAAAUUUCGAGGGCGUCUCUCUGUCUCAAUGGAAUCCUGCGUCUAUGAAUGUUGCUCCUGUGUUGGAUGCUGCUUCAUAUCGUUGUAGUUGUGCCACAAUUGUCCUGAUGUGGUUGAAUCACAAUCAAUGAGAGUGCCAAAACAAUUUUCGUGAGACGCUCAGUGCGAGACCCACAAAUGGACGCCCAUCAGCCCUAUAACUUCCACUUGGGAGCUGCUACGCAUACAGUAGAAGGGCCCAGUGGGAGUCCACCGCAGAGUGUUCCCGGUCGAAGGACACCACUUGGGGCUGUCGGUUUGGGUGGAUUUUAUGCCCAUGGUUCGCACCCUGGGUCGUCAAUGCAUCCACCGCAGAGUUCUGAUGAAAAUCGCCCCAGUGGGACAUCCGAGAGGGGCUCCAGCGGUAUUUCUGGGCAACCUGUACCACCAGGAAGUAAGCCCAAGAAUCGCCAAGGGAAAUCAGUUAGGCUCAACAUUAAUGCAAGAGAACGCCGAAGGAUGCACGAUCUCAAUGACGCCUUAGAUGAGCUCCGGAGUGUGAUUCCGUAUGCUCAUUCGCCAUCCGUGAGGAAGCUAUCAAAGAUUGCUACUCUACUCCUUGCCAAAAACUACAUUCUUAUGCAGCAAAAUGCCCUGGAAGAGAUGCGACGUCUUCUGGCCUACAUCCAAAGCACAACCGGUGCUGCUCCACUCGAUUUAGCCUCCUUCCCAGCUGCGGCAAAACUCCAGCAACUCCUCCAGAAUCCACCGGAGCAGCCCAAUUGAUUCCCCUCCAAAAUUUUCUCUUCGCAACUUCUUCGCAACAACUAUCUAGUCAUUUUUCUUAUAAUUUUUUUUGUGGAAUAAUUUUGGCGUAUUAAAGACAUUUUAGAAAAUA